AUGCCUGGAAAGAAAGUACUCACAAAAUCAGUAGUUAGGCGAAUAGCUGAAUAUACAUUUGUAGUAGUAUUUUCUGCCUGUAUCACCUUAAUCAUAAUGAGUUUCAAAUCACGUAAUUUUUCCAAAAUAAUUAAUUUUUCUAAAGGAAAAGUAAUAAAUCCGAGCUUUGAAGAUAGCGAAGAGAAUAAAAAAAUAGUCGAAUAUGCGAAAAUAGCAUUUAAUACUUAUGCAAAACAUUGUUCAGAUGCAGAUGAAAUUUAUUUAGAAACUCACAAGUGUAAAAGAUCAGAUGGAUUCGUUUCAACAGCUGUGCAAUCACUAGAAACUCUAUAUUUAUUGAAAUUGAAUCCAGAAUUCAAGAAGGCAAAAAGUAUCGUACUAGAGCAUUUACAACCAAAGAAAAUCGGUUGGGUAAACAGAGCACAGUUCUGGAACAAAUGUAUUGGAAGUUUAAUCGGCGCAUUUAGGUUAUCUCAAGAUUCCGACUUAAUUCACUUAGCUUUCACGCUUGCAGACUCUGUUAUAGAUUUACAAACAUCCAAGCUACCAAUGCAUAUCAAUAUUGCAAAGCAUCAGUCAUCAAAUGCAGAAUGGCUGAAUAGCUCAGUUCCAAUUUCAGAAGUACUUGCAGGAGUGCCAGAACUAUUGACACUCUAUGCAAUUAGCGGUCAAGAUAAAUACAAAAAAGCAGCUGAUCAUAUAAUCGCGAAAAUUUCAAAGAUAAGCGAAACUCCACUUCAUUACGUUCAUUUUAGAACUUUCCAACCAGUUGAGAUAGGUACUAUAUUUAAGAUUGAUGGAAAUAUUCUUGAUUAUUACAAUAAUCUUGCAAUUUUGAGCGGAAUUACAGAAAACGAAAAAAUUAAAGAGAAAUUAGAGUCAAUAAAUUCAAAUAUUAAUGAGGUUUAUUCAAAAGAACUGACUUUCGAUCAUUUAUUUACAAAACAAUUAUAUUCAAGGAUUGGUAUUGCUUUAAUGUUCUCUGGCCACUUAGAUGUUAAAUCUAACUUUUAUUUCGGCCAAACAAUUCGUGAAAAUUGGAGAACUAUUACAGAUUUCAGAUUCAGAGGAAAUCCUCUCAGAGCAUUACUAGAACAUGAUCAAACAGAGUUCAAUAAAGUUGUUAAUCAUGUACUGAACUAUACUAAGCUAAAUGAUGGCUUCACUGGUCAAUUAUACACAAAUAAGAAGAGAUGGGUCAAAAGUGGGGUCCAAAACGCAGAAUUUUUGGGAGAAUGGCUAAAAGUUGUUGCUGAAAACAUGAAUCACAAUGAUGAGAUUACAUCUGCGGCCAAAAAUGUCAAUGGACACAUCCUUCGCAUUGAUAACUUAUAA